AUGGGUAGCGCCGAGCGUGGUCUCGGCGCAUUCGUUAUCACCUGUAGUCAUGAUGAUCAUUACCAAGAACCAUUGACGAGCGGCAUCGCUGACCUAGAUUGGUUGAUCAACACGGGGUAUUGGGAUCACGACCCUGAUAUACCCUUGCCUGUUGCUGGGGACGAUAUGAUUCAAAGUUUUGCUGGAACUGCAACGUGUUACGAAGCACCAUCCAUUAACGACACGUCGCCAGCAGUUGAGCACUACCAGUCUAUUGAACCCGACAACGCGCAAGUAAGACUACGCCUACUUCCUGGUUCUCUUCAACCUUCAUCUGUCCAUAAUCCUAUUUUCUUAUCGGAACCAUCUUCUCCACCAAGAUUCACAGCGGCCUUAUGCGAUAACCCGAGUUCUUCGAGCUCCACUGCGAUUAUCCUAUAUGAACCAAGAGCUUCGCCAUCGGCAUUGUCAAGCCCUACCUCCCGACCAUGUGACUUUUGCGGGGCACUCUUUGACGACGCCGCCUAUCUCUGCACUCAUAUAAUUUCACACCAUUCUACCUCAAAACCAUUCCAUUGCGGAAGAGGUACCUGUGAGACCCAUAGUGGCAAGAGGUCCCUUGAACGGCACUUGACAAUCACUCAUUUCUGUGCGAUAAACAUUGUGAACAUUUACGAAAACAUGCAUGCGUUGGCAACAUUUACCGGUGUAGAUGUGGACAUACCGAAGUCAACAAGCAUGCACACAAAGUUCACAUCGAUGAAUGUGGUAAACGAAAGAAGGGCAGACCAAAGAAACAGAAAACGGAUUGUGGAUAAUUUUGGAUUCGAGAGUAGCUCCUGGAUGGAACUAGAGGAGGUAGCAGGUGCACCCUACGGGCUGUUUCGAUUUGUUAAAAGAUCGUGA